GGAGGAGAAAACACAAGCUAAGUGCACUAGGCGCUCAGCUGUACCAGUAAUAGUAGCUGUGAUACGUACUUCUCGCUUCGCUAUGGAAGUAACCAGGCAGCCUGUUAUUUCAAGACAGCCAAGUUGCAUGCGCAGCAAGACGGCCUGUUGUGAGAGAAUGGGAAAGAAAGCCGAAAGACGUUCUUUUUGUGCCGACGCUAAGCUGUCAACUGACACCAAACAUGGGAGCAAACCACCGACGCCCGAAGUGGAAGUGAUCGGAAUCGACGUUGAAAAAGAACAUAGGAAGGCAAAGAAUAAAAUACAGAUUAACGUCAAUGGGGAGAUAUACUGGAAGCAUACGGGGGCUCUAAAUACGAGAGAGAAAAAACGACAACAGGUUGUGGAACGAUCGAUGGAGAGGGAGCUAAAGCAGACUGGCGUACGACUGGACCGAUAUACUGAUACGCUGAAGCAAGAACUGCAGGAGUUUGAAGCGCAGAAGCGAUUGAUGAAACGGCACCCGGCCGCCGGGUACAGUUACCGUGACGACAAUAAACUAUAUCAGCGAAAUAUGUUGGAUCGGUACGGAACGCGGGGAAGGUACCUGUUUUCCGUACAGCACGAGUUGCGCAAACAGAGGCAGUACAUCGACGCCGAUCAAAAGAAGAAAGAUGCGACAAAGAAAAUAGUUCUCAGGGACAUCAAGAGGAGGAGUUUCUCAGACGACUCUAAGAGGAAAGAAGAACUUCCUCGGAUGACACGACCACCGCAUUUACCGAAACUCACUGAAGUACCCAACAAACCCUCGCCGCUACGAUUAAACGGCGUUGCUCUCUCAACUCGCAAACACCCCUCUCGGGGCAGUAAAACCUUGCCUCCUUUGUAG